AUGGAAUGUUCCAACAGGAUAACGCCUCGUGUCACAAGGCCGCCUAACUCACCGAAUCUCAAUCCUAGGAUUGAGAUUCGGUGUCUAGUCAGCCAAGAUUCUGGAUAUCAGAUCUUUGCAACUUGUGCCACAUUUUACGUACCACUUGUUGCUAUCCUGAUACUUUACUGGCAAAUAUAUCAAGUCGCACGUAAAAGAAUCCGGCACAAACCUGGAGCUAUUCGACCGAUAUCUGUAUGGGUACCGGCCGCAGAUGGAAGCACUGUAAAUUCUACUUGUCCGAAUGACAUGCUGCCAGCAAAACAAAAGAAAAAGAGGGAUGAGUCAAAGAGAGAGAGGAAAGCCGCUCAAACGCUCGCCAUCAUCACUGGCGUCUUCGUCAUUUGCUGGUCACCAUUCUUCGCAACAGCUCUACUGAUGGCACUUUGCCCAUCUUGCGACCCAGGUCCUCGUCUGUUCUCUUUGUUUCUUUGGCUGGGGUAUGCCAAUUCUGCCCUCAAUCCUCUGAUAUAUACUCUGUUCAGUCCAGACUUCAGGAAAGCCUUUACGAAAGUGCUAUGUAGCAGAUACCAGACUAAGGAGUAACAUGAUUACAUUUGUCAGUAUUUCAGUAUUCGUAUUAAAGCAUUUGGUCAUCUCA